AUGAAUCCCUGGGGCUUGUCUGAACCAGGGGCCAACAAUCCGUCUACUAGUCACCCCGCUAUCAUCCCACCGGCAGAACUUCAAGCCCAAAUUGAUCAAAUGGUGAAGGCUGCCGUGGAAGUCUCCCUCAAAGGGGUGGCAGCAAGCGUGAAGAAAAAAAAAUCCAGCUCAACAUCAAAAAAUCCGGCAAUCUCUACCAAAGGUACUCCGGACAAAGGGAAGGCCACUCAGACUAGGCGAGUAUCUGUUUUACCAGAAGGAACUUCACGCCCAGCUCUAUCAACUCCCAAAAGAUCCGACCGAUCCAAAUCUGCCCCACCAGAAAUCAGCAAUUCUGUUGGCAAGAAGCCAAACAAGGUGCUCAAGUCCAUCAAGGAGUCCAAGAACGCUGUUUUCAUCCAUAUUAAGAUGCUUUGGGGGCUCUUAAAAUCUGAUUCGGUCCCCGAAGCCCCAGAUUUAGGUGAUCUUCAAGAAUUCUACCACAACUUUUCGAGGGAGGAUCACAUAAAUCAAGCAGCUGCCACUGGCUCUUCUCGCCAUGAACUGAUCAACACCAGUGAAGUUCAAAUUCUUAAGGAUGCUCGUACCGGUCGUAUUCGAAUCGGAAACUCAUAUCUCAACGUUGGGGACAAUUUCAUCCGCUAUGCCAAGGGACUUAUGGCUCGUUUAGGCUUCAGAGUGUGGCGUCCUAAUCUAGACGAGGAUUCCAAUUCGCUAUACAACUCUGCUUGUCGAAUCGCUGCCGUUACAACUUUUCAGGAGCUUGCUGGAGCUAAAGCUUACGCAUAUCUUAACAUCAACCCAGAAGCCGUUCAAAACAUGGCCUUCCUGAUUCAAUCUUACAACCAUUUCGUCCACUUUUUGAUGUUGGAAAAAUUUAAAAAAGAACAGAAAGAAGCAGGUAAAUUGAAGAAAGAUGUUCGUCACAAGAAUGUCCAGAAGAAUCGCGAACGAUUGGCUGCAAGUAGAUUAGAGUUUGCAAUAAUCAACAAGUUACCCGAACGAUACCAGAAGAUCCUGACACCAAUUUCAGCUCACAGUGAUGAUGAGGCCGUGGAGGGAAAGGGAUUCUUCAAAAUCAAGACUUUACCAUAUAGAUCUGACAACGCCAACCGCUUUUUCCGCCAGUUGGACAUCCUUAUGAUCAAAGCUGCUGAGCAACAGCCAAAUAUUCGACGUCGCAUUCGGAAAUUGCCCAAGAAUCCCGAGAUGUCAACUUACACAGCUGCGCCAACUGGUCUUCCGAUUGAUUUUUAUGAUCCUAAAUGGUACCUUGAGUUAACAUCUUCCCAGCAACAAAAAAUACCCGACCUCACAAAUGUGGCGUUUCUUCCCGAUGCAAGCAAGUCCCUCCUCCCGAAGGCUCAACGACAUCUGAACCCCUACGGCCUUGUAGCAUCAACCACCAGUGAGGAUUCUGAUGGUGAAGGAGGGGAAGAAGGGGAAGACGAGAACGAUGAAGGCGAGGGAAUCGACUUAGAUGGUACCAGUCCUGAUGUUUCGGAAGAUGAGUUCUAUGAGGAAGGUGACGCUGGAGACUUGUACAAUAAGCCUAUUGAGGAAAAUGAUGGCGAUGAUGAGACUGAUGAUGAGCAAGACGAAGAUUACGAGGAGGAAAAUGAUGAUGAGAGGUCAGAGGCUCACCACAGACCAAUGGAAGGUGUCGAAGAAGAUGAAGAAGUCUGGGCAUAA